ACGAACCCCGAAUUUCGCCGUUCCGGCGUCUGGAAUCUUAAGAUCAAUGUCCUGGGGUGUCAAGAGCGACGAAUCUGAGAGAAGGGAAAAUGAAGCCAACAAGUUUCAGAUUUGGGCUGCUCUUCCUGGUUCAAUUGAAAUUUCGAUUCAUCUAGCGCUGCUCUUGAAGAACAAAGCUCGUACUUAUGGCGGCAGCGCCGCCGGCAAUCGACAGCAGCAACGACACGGUCUUGACCGCUGCCUCACCCCCCCCACCCCGCGAAGCCAACAGCCUUGGCUGCUAGUCUGGGGUAUCGUAUGGACACGCCACCAAAAUCCCAACGUGGGCAUAAUAAGCCUAAAUGUAAACAAUGCGGUAAUGUUGCUCGUUCAAGGUGUCCAUUUGAAUCAUGCAAGAGCUGCUGUUCAAGAAAUCAAAAUCCAUGUCAUAUUCAUGUGUUGAAAGCAAAUUCAACUAUUCCUGACAAGUCACCAUCUUCUAGUGCUGCUCCACUUGAACAGCAAUCCUCUGAACCAUCUGCAUCAUCGAAUUCAAGUAGAGUUGCAUCCCUUAGACAACUUUCCAACAGUUUUACCCAGUUCAAUAAUUUACAUGUUUCACUUCGGUCAAGGAAGCCACUAACUAGGAAGGAUGCUGCAAUCAUUAAUAAAUGGAGAUUGUCCAAGUUAAAGGAAUAUACGGAGAGAGACAUUGAAGUAGAAAAUGAUGCUUUUGACAGAUACAUGCAAAAUGUAGUUUUACUGGAAGAAGUUCUAUCUGUGGAGUCCCUGGAAGACAAUUCACCUUCUGCAUUGGUAUUUAAUCUGACUUCAACUGGGAACAGCGAGAUGAUGAUCCCAUGGUUGAACUUGCUUCUAAGAUCUAACUCAACAAGAAGCGAUAGUGUGAGAAAUAGAAUAAGACAGAUUGUGGAUGAGGGACUAAAGAAGCUUCUGAAGUGCGCUGUUAACGGUGACGUUGAAGAACCAAAUGAAGCAUCAAAAAGGCCAAAAAUUUUGAGGACUGAAAGGUUAUCAGAUAUAAGUGAUCUUUGUGAUAAAAUUAAUAAAGCUAGGAACGAGGACGAUUUGAAAUCAUGCUUGGGAAUGAAGUCUCAACUCAUCAACUUGGAUGAAGGCUCGAGGAAACCGGAAUUUGAAGACAAAGAAACGCACAAGCAGACUGUAGAAGGUGAUUUGGCAUCAGCGGAAGAAUUAGAUUAUUUCUUGCCAAAAUUGGCUGUUGCUGGAGAAAUUGAUCAAGAAACUCUCAACAACAUAGACAAACACUUUGGUUCCCUUGAGCAUGUCGAUCAGUUGUGAGGCUAGAUUUGUGAAUACUUAGGCUUCAGCUAGAUAAAUAGAAGUCUAUGUUGUAUUAUUUAUUGCAUUAUAAUAUGGAGACCGCUGCUUCAUCUUGUUUGGCAACGUCACGUUUAUAGUUCCGUUAUCUACUUGUAUGUUGCCUCUAAUGCUGUAAUGUGGUGUUAUCUGCCAAAUGACGCUGCUUUAGUUGUCUUUAUGGUAUUGCCCACCCCCCCUCCUGGCGCCAACACAAGAAAGUUGAAUCAGUAUCACUAGUUGGGAAACGGUACAUGUUCAUUCUGGUCGUGGUUGACGGCAGAACAAGCAAGAACGAUGCACAAUGUAUGCACACUUGAGCAGAAGGGUGAUUGUGUCUGCUGCCGGAUGGUCACUUCGAGGUUGAAAGAUAAAGGCCCCUGAUACUGUCUCCCUCAUUCCAAGCUGGAACACCUCCAUAGGCUCUGGGAUUUAUGACUUGCUUAAAAUUUGACUUCUGAAGGGAAUGCGUAAAGCUGCUUACUGUCGUAGGACACCCUCAUUGAGCGAAGAUAAUGGGUCAAUGACAACACCCAAUAAAGGUGAUGAAAAAGCCGGCUGUAACGUACGCCAACUCUGUCUCUGGAUUGCCCUGCUCACCAUAUUUCAAGUGAAGAAACCCAUUGGAAUAUGUGCUCUCCACUCAUUUUCUCUCUCUAACGCUGGACAAAUAAAGGGGAAAACCUUCAAUCAUGGAUGCUAUUAUCGUCAGCAAUGUGCGAUAGCUUGAUCCACUGGAAGCCGGGUGCUUAAAAUUUAAUUAUAUGUGCUGUGGCAGCCUUUCGUUUUGGUUAAAUCUAGUUUGACUUUGGAAGAAAUAAACAGAUAAACAAUCGAUUCAAACGACUAUUUGGUUUUCUACAAUGGGGAUCCAAAGGCACAAGCCGUUGAGACCAUUGCCACAGAAUUCCAUCUUCUUGUAUAUUUUGCUUUGUGGGUUUUCUUAAUGGACAAGUGCUUUUUCCUUGGCUUUAUUCUUC